AUGAGUGCAUCACUGGUACCAAGUGAGCCAUGUUACACCCAGCUGCAGGACAACAGAAAUGAAAUAAAAAAUAACAAUGAAAGCAUAAUAAGUAUGGGAGAUACAAAUGCCAACCAAAUUAUGACAAAGGUCAGAAGCACUGAAGGGGAAGUCAAGAGAUGUGAUUUGACAACUGAUCCUGGAAGUGUGCAUACUGGUGGGUCAGAGAACAUUACGCAGUUGGAUACAGAGCAGAAUAAACUUCUGGUCUUUAAGGAAUCUCAGAUUUGUGACAUCAAUGUACAAGAAUUUAGGUUGCCUUCUACCGUAAACAGGGAAUUGGAUAAAGAUUACAAGACUGAUGAAGUUAAGGAUACUUCAAAGAAUAUUCGUAUUAGCCGAGGAAAAAGUCUGUCUAAUUUGAAGAGCAGUGCAAAUGAUACCAGUUCAGAGGUUCUUUCAAAAGAUGAUGUUGAAUUUACCCGGCAUAUUUCUAAGGAUAAAAUGAUCAGGACCAUGGAGGCUGAAGGAAUAAAAAGGCUUUCUUUGGGAAGAUCAAGUAAAUUUUCUACUAAAACAGAAGCAUUUUCAAAAGAACGUGUGUCGUGUAAACGUUCACUUUCUGCAUCACUGGAUUCCAUUGAUACAUCACAUCAUUUGAUUGCUGAUACUGAGAAAUCACAGAAAACACCAGCGGAUCAUUUUCUAGGUAUGGUUUUUCAUCCACUUGACAAUACCUCAGAGGAAAAUAUGGUGUUUUAUUCAAAACCAUCUACCUCAGAGAUCAAGGAAGUAAAUAUCCCAGAGAGCCAAAUGGAUGUGGAAGAUGUACCAAAUGUUAACAGCAAAAGCACACUGCAUCCUACUCACAUAGAUCUAAAUUUAAGUGGUAAGCCCAGUGAAGUCUCUAGUAAGUCAGAAGCACAAGUAGGUCAGGGUCAUACGAGUAAAAAACUGGAGCUAAAACAUCCACCACUUGUACCAUCUAAGAACAUUUGUCAACAAAAAAUUGAGAGAAUUAUGUUGGUAGAAUUUCUAGGAUGUCAAAGAGAAGAAAGUACAUUAGUACAAGAGAAGAAAGGAUGUGGAGCUGAAGUGUCCAAAAUGCAAGCUCCCCAGUUUCCAGACUUUUGUAGUAAAGUAGGGGAUCCGCUCUUAAACCAAGUGGUAGCCUAUGCUGAGGACAGACUACGAAGUGGUAAUAACACCUGCCCUGGGUUAGGAAGAGGAAGUAAUGAUGAUGAAAGCAGGGCAGCUAAUCAAGGUCGUCAAGAAUACAUAACAGACAAAGAAAUUGGAUCUGUAUUUCCUCUUACUGAUGAUAGCAAAUCGAGUGGCAAACUGACACGUACAAGAAAUAGAAACUUACUUGAAGCUGGUACAAGUUGCAUUCAAACAGUUGGUGGGCAUAUAUCUUUUCUACACAACGUUAGUCUCCCUUACAGCAAAACCAUGAAAGUUAAUGAGAAUAAACUGAUGCUAGUCAAAGGGAACACUGAAAACACCACAGUGUCUGCCUCUGAUCUCUCAGAUCAACACAGAGCGCUUAGUACAGACACAAUGUCAAACGAACAGCCAAACAACCAGGAUAGUGAUGUGGAAACUGCAAGCUUUUCAGUUCAGAAUAAAAAGACAGCUAUUGCAAAGAAAUAUCUUUCAGAUGAAGCAUCAGAGAGUUAUAAAAUUUCAGCAAGGGCUGAUGCCUUUUUCUGCGUCCCAACUUCCUUGCGCCCAGUGGCAACUGUGAAUGUUAAUAAUCAGCCCACAAUUUCAAACAGCAAUUUAAAGGAUCUUUAUGCACUUCAUGUUGACAAGCUGUCACCCUCCUCAGUCCUACCUCCCAUUGACAGUACCCAGUUGUUAAACAUAUCCCCUAAAGUGCCUAUCAAGACUGCUGUGAACAGUGGAAUCCCCAAACCAAUCCUUGUGCAUUCCAAGGGCUCCCUUACAGCCAAGGGUGAUGCGGAGAGUGACAGCAGUGAAAAGCCUGAAGAAAACAUUGAGAUAAAACCUGUCAUACCCAAACCCAAACACGUGAGACCUAAGAUCAUCACUUACAUUAGAAGAAAUCCUCAGUCUAUAGACCAUCUUGACCCUUCCUUUGCCUCAACUGAGCUGCCGUAUGGUCCCCCUGUGUGUGGUAUGCCCAUGGCAAAAGAACAGCAGAUAUUGAGUGGUGGGGAUAUUAAACCAUCUAACAUUCUGUAUGACAAAUUUAAACCCGACUUGCAGAAGCCAAGAAUCUAUGGUUCGGGACUUGUGGUAUCUGGCAUUAAACCCCCGGGGCAUCAUUUUGGUCAAAUGAGUGAAAAGUUUUUACAGGAGGUUGGGAAAAGGCCUAUGAAAGAAGAAUUCUGUUCUCCGCCAUAUACCCACUAUGAGGUAUCUCCAAGUUUUUAUCGAUCUGCCAUGAUACUUAAACCACAGUUAGGACUGGGUGCGGUUUCCAGGUUGCCCUCUGCAAAAAGUAGGAUUUUGAUUGCAAGUCAAAGGUCCUCAGAUAGCUGCCUCCAUCAGCCAGGACAAAUAACAAAUGCUUCCAGCCUUUAUCAUCCUGAGGCUUCAGUUGAUCUAAAAAAAGGCCCGUGCCCAAAUGCUGCAAAAUCCAAUCUCCCCAAGCCAUGUCAAUCUGGACUUCGUCCUCCUGGCUAUUCACGCUUGCCAGCAGCUAAGCUGGCAGCAUUUGGUUUUGUCAGGAGCUCGAGUGUAUCCUCUGUCUCAAGCAACCAGUCAAAUGACAGCGUUCAGAGUGAUCAAAGCAGAACAACCAACCGUUCAAACUUUGGCAAUGAAGAUCAAACCCCUCCUAAGGCAUCUGUGCCUUCUAAAGAUUUACCCAAGGGGACCAGUAGGACUGCACUGCAGGUAUCAACCAGCACAGCAACUCCCCGCAGGAGUUUACUUCCAGCACCGAAAACUACCAUAACACCUGCUGGUUUGAAGAAAGAAGUACAAAAAGAUCAAGAUGCAAAUAAACCCACAGUGUCAUCCCCUAAGAGAUUAGCGGUAUCAGCCACCAAGCUCCAUUCACCAGGACACCCUAAACAAAGGGCAGCUGUUCCAAGGAAUGGAUUUUCCACCAAGGCAGAUCUGCAGACUCGAGAGACUGAACGGCAGUUCAUCCAGCAGCUGAAGGAAAAGUGUGACAAGCAGUCCAGGCAAUUCAGCUGUAUUCAAGAGGAACUUAAAAGAGCCAGUCGUGGCUUCGAGGUCUUCGCUAUAACAACACAGCAUUUCUUUUGUAAGAAUGAAAGUGCCCUUGUGAAAGAAAAGGAGCUAUCAGUCGAGCUUGCAAACAUCAGGGAUGAAGUUGCCCUCAACACAGCAAGAUGUGAGAAAUUACAAAAAGAGAAGGAGGAACUGGAGAGAAGGUUUGAGGAGGAGGUGAGGAAGCUGCAUUGGCAACAGCAAGAAGAGCUGCGUGCCCUUGAGGAGAGGUUGCAGUUACAGUACAGGGGCGAAAUGGACCUCUUGCAAGAGGAACACAGACUUCAACUUGUGAGGAUCAAGUGUCAGCACCAAGAACAGGUGGAAGAUAUUUCAGCCACUCACGAAGCUGCAAUGUUAGAGAUGGAAAACAAUCACACAGUUGCCAUUGCAGUACUCCAGGAUGAUCAUGACAACAAAGUUCAAGAACUGAUGUCUGCCCACGAACUGGAAAAGAAAGAAUUGGAAGAGAGUUUUGAAAAACUGCGGCUGUCACUCCAGGACCAGGUAGAUACCCUCACCUUCCAGAGCCAUUCUCUAAGGGACAAGGCAAAGCGAUUUGAAGAGGCUUUAAAGAAAAACACUGAAGAGCAACUAGAGGUUGCACUAGCUCCAUAUCAGCACUUAGAAGAAGAUAUGAACAGCCUGACGCAGGUUUUGGAAAUGAAGAAUCAGCUAAUUCAUCAACAGGAAAAGAGGAUCAUGGAACUGGAAAAGCUGGCUGAAAAAAAUACAAUAUUGGAAGAAAAAAUUCAGGUGCUGCAACAGCAGAAUGAAGACAUGAGAGUCCGGAUUGAUCAAAAUACCGUUGUGACAAGGCAGUUAUCUGAGGAAAAUGCUAAUCUUCAAGAAUACGUGGAGAAAGAAACCAAGGAAAAGAAGAGGUUAAGCAGGACUAAUGAAGAGCUGCUUUGGAAGCUCCAGACAGCGGAGCCCAUGAGCCCCGUUAAACUGUCUCCUACGUCUCCUACACCUAUUUAUCGCUGUUCAUCGGGGCCUCCUACUCCCGCAAAAGUCAGCACGGUGCCAAGAUGA